GUACUGAUGCAUGCACACAGCCUGUUCUAUUUGCAACUUGCUUCGGGGUCACGGUUUUUUCUACCUUCCGGUAUUUUUGAAGCCUCCCCUACGUACCCUAGCAGUACACAAUCCUACGGGCAACACGUGGCUAAGAAAUCUCGGCGGAUUCUUCUUCUACUCGACUACUCGCUUCGCCCUCCCUUAUUAAGCCAAAGCAAAGCAAGAAGCUGCGAGGCGAGUGUGAGCCGGCGGCCAGCGAGGGACACCAGAGAGGCAGAGACAGGACACACGUCUCCGCCGUUCACGUCAACCGCUGAGGCCGUAGCGCGCGCGCGCGCACACACACACACCGCGAUGCACACGCCAUUCAUGGACAAGAGCCCCCGCCACCGGGACAGCGCCGGCGGCCGCCUGAAGCAGCGGCUCGCGCAGAUCCUCACGCGCUCCUCCUGCACCACCAACACCACGUCCGCCGGCGCCGCCAGCGCGGGCACGGCCUUCGUCAGCCUCGCCCGGGGCGGCGCCGCCUUCUCCCCGCGCCAGCCGGAAGCGCCGCCCUCCCCGUACUUCUGCACCCCCUGCACCUACAAGCGGCCCACUCCCGAAGGCCUCGCGCACCGCUGCCAUCGCCGCCGCACCCGGAGCGCGUCGCUCGUCCACAUAUCCGUGGACUGCACCGGCGGGGCCGCGGGCGCCUCCUCGGGCCGGCGCUCGGUCCACUCCGACGCGCCGCUGCUGCAGCACCUGUCGGUGCCGGCGAGGGACGUGAGGAAUCGGAGCAAGGGCGGCGGCAGGGGCAAGCCCGCGGCGCGGUCCCCGUCGGCGUCGAGGCGGCACCUGUCGUCCUCCUCCGCCUCGUGGGGCCGCGCGCGGCGGCCCCGGAGCACGCCCGCGCCGUACGGCUGGUCUCCCUCCUCCUCCUCCUCCUCCUCCUCCGCGACGGACGACGAGGUCGCGCCGUCCAGCAGCAGCGACGGGGAGGCGGGCGGCGAGGAGGCCGAGACGAGGACGCUCUUCUCCUCCCUGAGCCUCUCGUCCGACUCCUCCGAGUUCUACCGCAGCAGCACGAGGAAGGGCCGCAGGAGCACGACGGCUCGCCGCGCGCUGCCAAGAAGUACCGGCGAGGUAGCCCCAGGCGACGCCUUCCGGCCGCUGGUGUCGGUGGAGACGAGGAAGCACAGAGGACUCGACGAGAGGAAGAAGAAGGGAGAAGAUGGGGUGAUGAGCGUCAAGAAGCCGAUGGGCGCCGCGGCAGAGGAGACGAAGACAGCCGGCGCGGGCAUGGCGGUGGUGAAGCGCUCGAGGAACCCGUACCUGGACUUCCGUAGCUCGAUGGUGGAGAUGGUGGUGGAGCGGCGCAUCGGCAGCGUGGGGUGGAUGGAGGAGCUCCUGGGGUCGUACCUCUCGCUCAACUCCCCGCGCCACCACCCGGCCAUCCUCGCCGCCUUCGAGGACGUCUGGGAGGCCGUCUUCGGCGAGGAGUGACCAUUCGGAUGGCCGAUCUACACCGGGAUGAUCGUUGUUCCGUGGUUGAGCAGAAGUGCAGAACAGAGGUGUGCAGAUGCUGGGAGAUGAUCGAUCGACGUGUUGAUGCGCAGCUUGGUCGUGGUGUUGUAUGUACUAUGUACUACGUGCCAAUGCAUAAAUUGGCAUGAUCAUGCCAUCGGAAUGCUGCGGUGCUCAUGUAACGAAUUAGCUAAAUGAUGAUAAUCGAGCGGCUUGUUUUUUUUUCA